UAUAGAGCCUCCAUUUUUGUCUGAACCAGAGAAAACGACUUUCUUCUGGCCGCACUACUCCACUUCUUUUACUUUUCUUCCUCUCUCUCUCUCUCUCUCUCUGCGUUUUAAACUUUGAGAUCGUGUAUCCGCUUUCGUUUUUUCUUUUUGUGUGUGUUAUUUUUUAUCGGAACAAACAGGAAUGGCGGAUCAGCUCACCGACGACCAGAUCUCCGAGUUCAAAGAAGCCUUCAGCUUGUUUGACAAGGAUGGCGAUGGUUGCAUCACCACCAAGGAGCUUGGGACAGUGAUGCGGUCACUGGGACAGAAUCCCACUGAAGCAGAGCUCCAAGACAUGAUCAAUGAAGUGGAUGCUGAUGGUAAUGGGACCAUUGACUUUCCGGAGUUCCUAAACCUGAUGGCUAGGAAGAUGAAAGAUACUGACUCUGAGGAGGAGUUGAAGGAGGCAUUCAGAGUUUUCGACAAGGAUCAGAAUGGUUUCAUCUCUGCUGCAGAGCUGCGCCAUGUGAUGACAAACCUUGGGGAGAAGCUGACUGAUGAAGAAGUUGAUGAGAUGAUCAGGGAGGCUGAUGUUGAUGGUGAUGGUCAGAUUAAUUAUGAGGAAUUCGUCAAGGUUAUGAUGGCUAAAUAACAUACCCAUCUCUCCAAUAAAACCUAAAACUAGAAACUAGAAUGGGAGGAAAGAAGAAAGGGUUGAUUGAUAUUAUGCAAGUCGUAGUUUUUCCGUUUAUCUAUUUUGAUGGUAUGGGGACUUGAGUUGUUUUCUCUCAUGGCGAUGGUGGCGGCUGCUUUGGUGGUGAAAUCUUCUGGUCUGGUGCUUUUACUGUGUUGUUCUAUAUAUAUAUAUAUAUAUAUAUAUAUAUUUUUGAGUCUUGUCUUGUGGGAUUAAAUCUUUGAUGUUUGAUGAUGAUGAUUUGUUUUUCUUUGAAUUUGGUCUGGACACGCGCAAAACAAUUUUUCAUAUUUCUAUUUUUGGGUUGCCGCCAUGAUUCGAAUCUCAAUUGGAGUUUUACCAUUUGGCCAA